AUGCCACACUACGCAAUUCACCACGCCACCCAGCUCACGCCGUCCCAAACCUCUGCGCUUGCAACGACAAUCACACACCUCCACACAAGCCUCUUCUCCGUCCCUUCCAUCUUCGUAAACAUAACCUUCCAUCCGACAACACCCACCUCGCAAACAACCUAUGUCGGCGGUCUCGCGGCCCAGACAAACUAUAUUAAUGCCUUUCUGCAACCCCGAGGCCCCAAAAGCGCAUCCAAAUUCAGAAUCUUGAUCGAAGAAAUCUCAAAGGCGUGGGAAGAUAUUGUCGUCAGCCCAGCCCUUCUUUCCCUCUCCUCCUCGUCCUCCACCGUAUCCUCGUCCUCCUCGUCCUCGUCUUCCUCAUCCUCGUCCUCCUCCUUUCUCUUUCCGCCCUCGGAACCCCUGACAGUAAAUCUUCAACAACGACGAAGAAACCCUUCGGACUCGUCUUCUUCGACCUCCCUCAUCCAGGCAUCCAGCAACAGUAAUAAUGGUACCGACGCCGGGAGACUGGACAAUCCAUUCACGCUGCACAAUAUCUUCAUCCAUGAAACUAUCAUCGCGGGCGCAGAACAGGGCUUCAUGCUUCCCGCCACAGGGCAGGAGAGGGGCUGGCUGGAAGAGAACAUGGAGGAGUUCAGACGCAGGGCCGAGAGGGGUGAUCAGAGCAUGAGGGCGCUGGUCGGCGAGGUUAGGGUGAGGAGUAAACUGUAA